AUGAACUCAAGCCAAUGUAUAGCACAGGUAGCUCUCAAUGCGCAAGGGCCUGUUAGCAAAGAGGCCAUGAUCAAAUGCGUGGAGUAUGAAGGCACGGCUAGCAAUCUACCAGGAGUAGUGAAGGGGCUCCUCAACUGA